AUGAACACUACCUCCUUGUGGGGAAAGGCACCUUCCGGUGCCAGCAACAAGUCUGAAGAACAGUACUACUCCACACUUAAACUGCCUACACACAUGAUCGCCCUUUACGGAACAGCCUAUGGUCUCAUCUUUCUUAUUGGAGUUGUCGGCAACGUUAUGGUUGUGCUUGUGGUCAUCAUCACUCCACGCAUGCAUAGUGUGACGAAUCUGUUCAUCUCGAACCUAGCUCUGGCUGACAUCCUCGUGGCCGUCUUCUGUAUCCCCAUGACUUUAUUAGAUAACAUAUUUACAGGAAAGGCAGUUCUCCUCCUGUCAAGUAUGUACCAUUAUGGCAGCAUCGACGAGGAGACCGGGAAAACAGAAAUCAAUGCCUUUUACAACAAAACAGAGGGCGGUGAUGACUCUCUGGAUCAGAUGGUCCAUGCAUACAUGUCAAAGAGGCAGACCGUGAGAUGGCCUCUGACCUUCUUCUGCAAUCUGUUGGAUGUUGCAGCUAUUGCUGCUUACAUCUGCUUCACUGCUCAAAAUCCCUAG